AUGGCGGCGUUCAUGGCACUGGCGAUGUUUCCAGCGUGUCUGCGCCCGUCGGAGGCGGGGAACUUGCUCGAGAGGGACCUGGCGCCGCCGUCGGCGUCGCCCCGUUUCUUCGCGAUGAACUUCCACCCCGGCGAGCGCGGCAAGGCAGGCGAGGUCAGGCUCUCCGAGGAGUCGAUCAUGCUGGACUCCAUCGUGGCAGAGAGGCUCGGGGAAGCGCUCCAGGCGGCCAGGGGCGGGACCCCGCCGCAGCCGCUGUUUGCCAGCUGCGACGCGGGGGGCCCUCUCACGAUCGCCCGCGUCGCCAGCGGUCUUUGCCAGAGGUGCAGGGGCGAGGCAGGCGCUGGCAUCGAGGUGGCCUUCCAGCCGUCCACCGCGAACGCGGAGUGUCUCGCCGCCGAGCUGCCCGACUCCAUGGGCCCAAAGGUCCUCUACGCCGCAUCGGCGAUCGCCGCGGACACGCUGCAGGAGGGCCUGGGCGCGCGCGGGCUCCAGGUCGAGCGCCUGGACACCUACACCACCCGCCCCGUGGCCAGCCCGUCCGCCGAGCUGCUCGCGCAGAUGGCCUCGACGGACGUCGUGACCUUCGGCUCCCCGAGCGCGGUGCGGGCCGUGGGCUCCUUCGGAGCCCCUCGCGCCGUGGAGCGUGGGAAGCAGCGCGGCGCCCACGGAUUUCCGUGGGGGCUGCAGGGAUAA